UAAAAAAAGAAGCUGUAAAAGCUAUGUAUACCCUUUACAAGGCACUUUAUCACGACUUUAGGUCCAUGUCGGUAUCCGAAACAGUAAGGACUCUUACGGAAUUGCGACAUACGCCGGCCAGUCCGUCGCUGUUGCGCCGCUGUAAGAUAGCAGCCCAGGCGCAAGCUGCUCAAGUCACUGCCGCUGCUGGCGAGCAAGAGCAGCAGCAGCAGCAGCAGCAGAUCGUCACUCGGGCUAGCUCCAGUGAAUACGCUACUGCAGGCCAAAUAGGACAUGGUAGUGGAUCUCGUGAUCGACACUCGAGUCCAGAUACCCGGACGAUAAGCUCCAACAAGAGUACCACUGUGCAGAACGACAGCCACAGCCACAGUAGCCAAGGUCCAGGUGGCGUGGCUCAGAGCUUCAUGGCGGUGCUGAGCGCCAAACUGACCGGUAGCUCGAGCCACGGAUCAACGAGCAACGAGGGCUCCGCCGGCAACAGUCCCCGGCUCGGGCGCAAAAAUCCAGUACAAAUACCGCAGCAGCAACAGCAAUCGAUGACGCUAAAUCGUAAUUCCAAGACGUCCAACGAAUUUCUCGAGACGCUAAACGUCAAGCUGGCUCAGCAGCAACGAGUCGUGCAACAGCAUCAGCAGCAGUCCAGUCUCAGUUUGAGAUCGGCCAGUGUUCGACGCAUGAUGGCCAAUCGAGUGCCCAUUAUCGAUCCCGUACAGGUCAGGGGCUCGCUCAUGGAUCAGAUCCGCAGGGGCACUUCGUUGCGAAAAACCACCGAGCCGAUUAACGACAGAUCGGCGCCGAAGAUUUACUGAUCUUCGGUUCGGCGAGGCCCGUAUUCGACCCCGGUCUAAAUGUACGGCCUCGCCACGCUGAGUCUGCGUUUACGACAAAAUGCAAUUUUUCGCGAAAUGAUUUAUCAACGAUUGAAACGAAGGAAACUCAAUUUCAACGUUCGAAUUUUCGAAAGUUUUUUGUACAUGUUUACAAGUAUAGAUUGUAAUUAUUAGUCUGUCUAAAAUUCAUAUCAGUUAAAUGUGGAACGAAAUUAAUCGAGCCAGCUGCCAAAAAGCGGCCUCGUUGUCAUUAUCUUAUACUAUUUCUGACUAAACGUGCUUGUCGUUUUUUAUCUAUGUACAAUGUAUUAUCUAAUUACUGUAAUCGAUACUAUUAUUGGUAAUUUUAUGUCGUAAACGGCUCUCAGUCGAUAAUCUCAAGUUUGUCGAAAAGUUGAAACAUAAUUUGAUAUUCAUCAUAUCGUAUGAUUAAUGACUCCAAUAAGUAGUUAUAGUAAUAAUAAUUAAUAAUAAUAACAAUAAUUAUGUUUCCUAGUGUGUACAAUAUUACUAAUAUAUUUCAAAAUAAAAACUUGAAACAAUAGCUAAAAUCAAAAAAGAUCUGGCAAAGUAUUGCUAAGACUGU